UCCAAACAAGCUGUUAAAACUGUGUAGAGAAGUGAAGUUAGGAUUACACAAUUGUCAAGCGCAAAGAGAAUAAGAUGAAGAUGAAGAUCAUGUCAUCUAAUUCCUCGUUUGCUAAAUUCAUUUGACAAGCCAAACUCAAAACUUUACUCUAGGGCUUAUUAAUUACUUCCCAUCAUCUCCUGGAUCAAUCAAUCCCUUUCAUCUCAAUACUCUUCAACCCAAAAAUGACGGAUUCACCCAAUUCAAAGAACUACGGCGUCCCAAUUUACGGUGCUGGUUGGGUCCCCCAAAGCGCCGUCGAACCGCCAUCGGAAUCGGCACCGCCGGGAAGUUAUGUUGUCCUUGCUGGAGGUGGCGGUGAAGGGAAUAGCGGUAUUCGUAACGCUCUCAUUCUUGCCAAAUUCCAUUUUGACACUAAUGUCCUCAGCGAUCAACCUGGUGCGCACCCGAAGGGUGGCGGCUGCGGGUUAGAUCUUAAGGUGGCUAGGUUAGGCACUGGUGGUGAUCUGCCUUAUAGGAUGGCAGUACAUCCAGGUGGAGCAGGUCUUAUAUGUUCAUUGCCAAAAAGCUGCAGAUGGUUUGACUGGGAUUUUCAGAGAGAUGAAAACCGUUCAUUGGAUCUGAUAUCAUCUGAGAGAGUACUUGAGCCAUUGCAAGAUGUUGGACAACAAUUAGCGUUGACUUUUAACAAUGAAGGUUCUUUACUUGCUGUCGGCGGUGAGGAUGGCAAGUUGAGGGUUUACAAGUGGCCUAGCAUGGAAAAUAUUCUUGAUCAGGAUAAUGCUCAUGCUUCUGUGAAGGAUCUAGACUUCAGCCCAGACGGAAAAUUUCUUGCAUCUGUUGGAAGUGGCCCUUGCCGAAUUUGGGAUGUCUCAAAAUCAAAAUCUGUAGCUUCUUUGAUGAAGGAUAAUGAUGAGAUUUUUGGCUCUUGUAGAUUCUCACCAAUUAACGAUGAGAAUCAGGUUCUAUACAUCAUCACAAUGCGAGAUCAAGGUGGAAGCAUUUCGAAGUGGAGUACUACUACGUGGAAGAGGAUAAAAUCAAAGCGUGUUGUUCGUGAUCCUAUUUGUGCCUUCAAUGUUUCACCCAACGGAAAGCUUCUGGCAGUAGGAACAAUUGAGGGAGAUGUUCUGAUAGCGUCUUCCAACAAUUUUCAAGUGCAAAAUGUGGUAAAGAAGGCUCAUCUUGGUCUUGUAACAACAUUGAAGUUCUCAGAAGAUUCGAGGGCUUUGCUUUCUGCCUCCAUGGAUUCAAGAGUGAGAGUGACAAUUAUAAAGGACGAAGAGAAGAAAAGUGGUCUGAGCUUGCGGAUCAUUAUACUCGUUCUUUUGAUUGCAAUUGCUGUAUAUUACGCAGCAAGCAACGGGAUUCUUCCAUUGGAGCUAAACUCUCUAUUAAAAUGAUGAGCUUUACCCAAAGUAAUGUUAUAGGUGAAAAUGAUAUUUGUGACAUUUUCUAAGGUUUGUCUCUAGAGCAGUAGGCUUCAAGUUAAUAGAUCUCUGGUGUUUUUAGUGUGCUUCAAGUGUUAAGACAGUUUAAAUACAACUUGUCCUUCAUUAUAUUCUCACUGUAUAAAACAAGCUGUUGACUGGGUG